AUGCCACCCGCAAUCUUCCCUCUCUCUGCAUUGGAGAAACUGCCCAUCACUCAGCGAGUUAUUGCCCAGCAAGCGCUGAAAGGCUCCAUCCCUGCUCUCAAAAAGCUGCUCUUCUUUUCUUCCCCAGAAACAUGCUCGUCACUUCUAGCCAUCGUCUACCACCUCCUUUCCCCCGAGCUUAUCGCAAGCCGUCUGCGCACGACGGCAGACGAGUCCCUGGUCAAGGUUGCCCAAGCGAUUUUUAAUCUCGCCUCUGCGUGCCACCCUGGCAUCGAUCUUUCCGCCGCCAAAGCGCUAUGGCCGCGCCUUUGGUGCUAUAUCCUUGCCAUAGAGCACUUUGCAGAUUCGUCUGGCGAUUUGGUCCAGUCCUCCGCCAUUCUCCAGAACAUCUGUGGGCCGAUGUUGGUCUGCGUGUUGCCCACGGCUCGUCUUGUCAAGCGCUCCGGAAUGCUAACCGACCCCGCCAUCACACCCGGCAUUGCCCGACUCACAGGGAGGCUGUGGGCUGAGCUGAUCCAGGCCAAGCUGACUGACAGCCAGCAUGUGCGACGGCGAGCGGAGAGCCUCGGGGCUGUCUACGAGCUGCUGGAACUCCUCCACUCCGUUUUUGCAGUGGCGGACGAGAUAAUCGCGGGAAUCGAGACGGCACAUUUGCAAACUGACUUCAGCAAGCUGAUCAUUGACGCCAUCGGAGCUUAUGUGCCAGCAGUAACAGGCCAGAUCCGUGAAGACAGUGAAUAUGUGGAGCUGCUUGGGCUGAUUGCUCUUGUCGACGCACUCGCUAUUCCUCCCCCCGGAACACCGCCGACGACAUAUGCCACAGCGCUUGCUCACUAUGGCCUGCAAGAGACCCUCACACGCCUAAUCGCUUCGCCAGUUAGGCUGCCUGUGACGGUAUUACCUGCCUGUCUCUUCACACUCGCAGGGAUUCUCACGGCGGUUGAUACUUGGACAUACCUUCCCCGCGUCAUUGAUGCGGGCCUGCUCGGCGUCUUGAAGUGGGUGACUGUGGACGAGCCGCGGGAGCAGCCGGAACUCAGCACUCUCUGCGCCCAACGUAUUCUGACGUUAUGCUUUCCAACGGCGUUGGUCUUCCACCCUGUUAUCCGCGCGCUACAACAGCAGAAAAACAUUUUUGACGCGCUAGGCGACAAGGAACCAGAUCCUCGAUCCCAGCCUGAGCUCACUUGCUACUGGUGGAGCCUGUUCAAGUUAGCCAAGGGGCAGGUGGAGUUGCUGGAAGCGUACGAGUCAAAGGAGUUUGUUGAGCGCCGAAUGUGUGGUAACCCUACUUGUGGCCGAAUCGCACCAACGGCAAGUUUCAGGCGAUGCUCUGCCUGUGUUGGGAACUUCUACUGCGACAAGAAGUGUCAGAAGGCUUCGUGGGUGCACGACCAUCGCUCAUAUGGCUGCGAGCUGGCCAAUACCAUGCGGCUGCGGAACCGCGGGCCUACGUCGCCCUUCCACGCAAAGCACAGCGAAACCUUCCUCCGGCUCAACUUACGACACAGCUACGAGUCAUUCAAACUCGACAUUCUCAUUCUCACCCUCGAGUGGAUAAACCUGCGCCUUCCCGGUCGUCCGCUCAUCGUGUUCAACUAUAUAGAGGGCCUGGGCACCUGUAUCAUCCGCCUCGUCCCCCUGCACUCCAACUCUGUACUCAAUGCAGUCUCGGAGCUCGAAGAUAGGGAGCUUGAUGAGCUUUUCCGCUCCCGCUCGUCUUUCACUGUCUCCGCGCCGAGCCCAGACGAUGCAUACGUGCUGGGCCUCCACCACAUCGCCGUCAAGGAGCGGGACAGGACGUUCCAUUUCGACUGGGUGCUGUGCUCGCAACGCGCGGCGUUCGUGCGGAAACGGCUGGAGGAAAUCCGCGACAAGAUACAGGGCCUGGAGGGCGUCCAGAUGAACAACUUGCAGGAGAGCGCGCCGCAGAUUUACGAUGAGCUUGUGCAGCUAAGCGGAGAGGAGCUUGAUGAAGUGUAUCGUUGA